AUGGCGAAUUACGCAGAAACAUUCGCCGCGUGGACGGCCAUUUGUCUGACCGACCAUACCCUCCUGGGGAAAGACGACACGGAGGAAGACGUGAGGGCGUUAUGCAAAGAGGCAGUGAAAACGUGUCCUUUCGCAGCGGCCGUGUGUGUGUACCCCCAUUUUGUAAAAUUCAUAAAUGAACAAAUAAAAAAAGAAAUCGUACCCUUCAAACCAAAAAUCGCUUGCGUUAUAAAUUUCCCAGAGGGGACAGAUCCUGUGGAAAAAGUUGUGGAGGAUACGUGCAAAGCAGUGAACGAUGGUGUUGAUGAAAUCGACCUUGUGAUUAAUUAUACGAAAAUUAUUCAAGACCCAAAGGGAGGAAUUGAAGAAGCUACUCUUCUAACAAAAAAAGUUAAAGAAGUGUUAAAGGAAAAAAUACUCAAGGUUAUAAUUGAAGUUGGGGUCCUCAAAUCUGAAGAGCUAAUCGUUCAGACCACCUUAGCUGUGUUGGAGGGCAAUGCUGAUUUUGUAAAAACCUCCACCGGGAAGGCACAAGUAAAUGCGACGCCCAGUUCAGUCAAAUCUAUCGUCAAGGCAAUGAAACUCCAUUUGGAAAAAAAUCCUCACAAAAAGGACAAAAUUGGACUCAAGGUGUCGGGGAGCAUAAAGGACCUCAGCUUGGCUAGCUACUACAUUUUACUCGCGAGGAAUGUGUUCAGCGCCCUCGCUUGCCACCCAAACAAUUUCCGCAUCGGGUCCUCUUCCCUUGUCCCCAAGCUCCGCAAGGUUAUUGAGGACUGCCCUCCUUGUUAG